AUGGUGAAACGAAAAUCACAGCUUGUCGUUGAUUCUAGCGACAGUAGUAGUCAAGAAAGUGAAGAUCCAGAUUUAGAUUCUGAAUUUCUUAAGCUUGCCAAAAAGAAAAAAUCUAAAGUAUGCAGUGACAGGUCAAUGAGCAGUUCCAGCGAUAGUUCAGAUUCCGAUAGCGAACAUCAAGUUCGAAAGAAACAUGUCGCGAAGAAACAAGACAGUAAAAGAAAUGACAAGAAAGCCAAAAAUGAUUCCGAAUUGGAAGAAGGUGAAGUGACUGAUUCUGAUUCUUCUGAUUUAAGCCAAGAAGAAUUCAACGAUGGUUAUGGUUCUGAUCUCAUGGGUGACGAAGAAGAUAGAGCUAGAUUAGCACAGAUGACUGAAAAGGAAAGAGAACAAGAGAUUUUUAAACGGAUAGAAGCCAGAGAAGUGAUGAAAACCCGAUUCAAUAUCGAAAAAAAAUUGAAGCAAGCGAAAAAACGAGAAAUGAAAAAGCAGAAAUCAAUGCAAGACCGCAAAACUGAACAACCGACGUUAGAUUUGAAAGAACGUAUUUUGGAGCGCAAGAAAACAGUGGAAGAGAAUAGAGGAAAAGUUGACAAGAAAUUUCACGCGAUGUCAUUGUUAAAAGCUCGCCGUGAAGAAAAAAAAGAGCGUGAAGAGAAAGAGAAACAACAGAAAAUAGAACAAGAAAAGCUGAAAGAAGAACAGACUGCGAAUUCGGGAAAAGAUUCAGCAAACGAAGAUGAUUCCAUUGUGUCCAGAGGACCUAAGACGAAAUUAAAAGCUUCUGACGUUUAUUCGGAUGAUAGUGGGAGCUGUUCCGAAGACGACGUUCCUGUAAAACCGAAACAAAAAACGAAAAAUGAAGUUGUUUCAUCACGCUCAAGUUCUAGUUCCGAUUCCGAUUCCGAAUCACAAAUUAGAAAUAGUAGAAUUCAGUAUAUUACUGGUAAAGAGCAAUUAAAUCAAAUACGGUUAUCAAGACAUAAAUUAGAACGAUUCGUUCAUUUACCAUUUUUCAAUAAAGUCGCGGUUGGCUGUUUUGUACGCGUUGGCGUCGGAGCUCCGAACGGUCGGCCUGUUUAUAAAGUGUGGGAGAUUACCGAUAUAUGCGAAACGGCGAAAAUUUAUCAAUUAGGCAGUACCAGAACCAACAAGGGAUUACGCUUGAGACAUGCCGCACAAGAACGAGUUAUUCGUUUAGAAUUCGUUAGUAAUCAAGAAUUUAUCGACACCGAAUUUGAUAAAUGGCGAGAAGCUUGUGGAUUACAAGGUAUAUCGGUUCCUACCGUAGAUGAAGUUGAUUCUAAAAUGAAAGAUAUUAAGCAAGCUAUGUCAUACGAGUUCAAGGAAGAAGAUAUUGAAAAAAUCGUCAAAGAGAAAGAGCGUUUUAAAAGUACUCCGUAUAACUACGCUAUGAAAAAAACGCAGUUGAUGAAAGAUAGAGAUUCAGCUCAAGCAAACGGCGACACAACAAAAGCUAGUGAAUUACAAGAAGAACUCAAUCAGCUGGAAGAAAGGGCUGUAAAACUAGAUAGGCUUAGAACAUCUACGAUUUCUAGUAUUAGUUAUAUCAACGAUAGAAAUAGGAAGAAAAACGUCGAGGAAGCAGAGAAAGCUAUUUUGGCUGAACUUAGAGCUACCAAAGGUCAAAAAGUUGACGAUCCUUUUACGCGAAGGCAUACCAAACCCAGUAUGGUGACCAAGAAAAAAGAUCCUGUUAAAGAACAGCCAGCCCCGGUGACUAACUCUGAAAAGACCGCUGAACAAAAAACUAACAAUAAAGUUGCCGAAUCAUCACCUUCUGUUAAAAAAGUCAACCCGCAAAAACAAGGAGAAGAUAUGUAUUCAGCUCACGAUUUCGAUAUUACUAUAGAUUUUGAUGUUCCUCCUCCUGCGAAUACAGUACAGCCUACUGUAGUUGAGCAACCAGUCCGAGAAGGACCACCUAAAAGAUCAUUGAAUCUCGAAGAUUACAAAAGAAGAAAAGGUUUCAUAUAAGUUUAUUUUCGCUUCUUUUUUUGAAUGUUUUGUAUGAUUUGUACAUUAUGUAAUUAUCAUUCAUUCUGAAUUGAUUUUGGAAACUCGUUUAAAUGUACAUAUUAAAAAUUAAAUUUAGCUGUGCAGUUGAAUCGUGAUCGUUAUUAUUUAUGUAUGUAUUUGAAUUGGUAAUGUAAUUCACUUGCUGUCUCUUCCUUAUUUAUUUUCUUAAUUGAUAUUGAACUGUGUAUGUAUUUUUAAUAUCUAUUUAGUUUUUAUUAUUUCAUCGAUGUUAAUAGUUGAAUACCUACUUCUCAAUUUCUGUUUAUUUCACUCCCUUUCUUUUUUUGUUCGCAAUAAAAUCGUGUUUUUAUGGUUUAGAAAUAAUGUUUUAACAGUGAUUAAGUUUAUGAAAAAUUACAAAUUUAUUCAAUUCAUUGACUUUUUUUUCAUGCUAGCAUUGUGAAUUUUUGCAUUACUUAUUCGUUUCGUUUCGUUUUUCCCACAAAAUUCAAAAUUUUUCAUCUCCGCAUAGUGUAAAUGUUUCUUCAAGUCAGGGAUUUAAAAUUAUUUUGAAGUUUAAAUGAAUUUUUUAUCGUAAAAUGAUAAAAUACAUAUUUUGUUUGAAAUUGUGACGAAAGAAAGUAAGAAAGUUGUUGAACCUCGAAUGCUUCGAAAGUUUUUGUGCCUUAUGGCAAGUGGGCGAGGAAACAUGAAAGUAGGGCUUUUCAGCAAGACAGCACAAAAACAGCGAAGGAUUAAAGCGCCAUCAAAUCUACGUAGUAUGUACAACGUGAACCGAAAGGAAAAAAAACUGAAAAUUGAAAAAUGAAUACUGAAACUUCUAUUUUUCAGUUUUCCAUCCUUGUCUUUUUGAAAUAAUUAUUCAAUAAUGUGCAAUGUGUAAAAAAAAGUUUACGAAUCUUUUGAAUAUUUAGAACUAAUUGCUGAUUUGCUGCAGUUUUACAUUUUUUACCCAAAAAAGCGCUAACGACGAUAAAAAGAACUCAAAAAACGCAAAAUUUCUGUCUUUUUGUUGAAGCUAAAUUUUCAAUGAAAAGUUGAAACUUGAAUUUUCAUUUUAAAUAGUAAAUUUUUAGUUUCGUCAUGGAGCGCCAUAAUAGUUCCUUUUUAGAAGUUGUUGAUGUUGAAGUUUUCAAAGAUCAGGCCGUAAAAUUAUGUAUUCAAUUCAUUGCAGGGAACGCUCGAACUCUCGAUGGUAGCUGGCUGUAGCUUAAUUAAAUAUUUCCGAUUUUGAUUAUGUCCUUGCGUAUGUGGAAAAUUUCGAUUUCAAAUUUGAGUUCAGCUUUCAAAAAGUAAAAAUUGAAUGAAUGCCUGAGUUGUAGCGUUACCCUUCACGAAAUAGUAGAAUAAUUGUAAUUCGUUGAAGUUUUCAGUUUAUUGAAUUAGUUCAUGUACUUCUUUUAGUUCUUUUGCUUUCUCUGUGGCCAUCAUGGAGUGUAAGUAUAAGUAAUGUGGGUAAUUGAUAUUGUAAAUGAGUAAUCAUCUGGUGAUUGUUGAAUAAAUAUUUGUAUUCACGUU